GUCGAGAUCACCGACAACCACCGACAAACCAUCUUCGAGAUACACAGCACCGGCGAGUCGAGUACAGAAGAUUACAAUACCCCUUUCGAAACCUACUCUUUUUCUCACCGACAACCCUUCACAUCAACAUGCAUUCUCCACGCUCACCCCGCUCUCCUCGAUUCCGAGGCUCGCGCCCCUCGUUCCGCCCUUCAGCACCCCGCAGCCGAACAUCCAGCUACUCCUCGGGAAGUAGCAGCUCCGACGACCUGCUCGAAGAUACCACCCUGUUUACCGACACCAUCGGAGGUGUGACAAUUCAUCUCACCAAGUUUGGCGGACCAGGUCAGUCUCCCCGCUGCCGAGCAUGGAAAGCAGACAUGAAAGUGUAUCUCGAUGCAAAGGGAAUGGGCGAUUAUAUCCGCUCCGAUAUGCAGAGCGACAACUUCCAUUAUAUCGAGGAUGAGGUCUUGGCAAAGAUGGACAGAGAAAGAAAGGCAAUGAUUUGGUUCAGUGUCGAGGAGGAUGUCCGCAGAGAACAUCUGAUGGACCUAUGCGACAGGGACUCUACAAGCGAGGAUGUAUGGAAGAGACUCCACGAGAGGCUCGGAGCAGAUAAGCCAUAUGAGCCUCUGCCACCGUUGAGCUUGGAGGAUGAAGAGUAAAGGCUUCACCUGGGCCAAGACAAGUUUUCUAUUUCUAUCGAACGAUCAGAUAUCAUCUCUAUAUACUACACCUCGCGGAAUCCGCAUUUUCUUAGGAUGUUUGUCAUAGGGUUGCAUUCAAGGCAUGGAGUUUAGGGGCUUACGGUACAAUGUACCAACAUCUGGGGACAUUUGGGCUUCACCUUACGGACUCUCAUUCACGAGACAAAUUUCAUGUCUCUCUCAUUCUUAGCAUUUCUUUGCAAGGAGUAUCGCGGAUAUCACCAAUA